UCACACAACCCGUAAUUAGAGUCUCAUUUAUCCAGUCAUAUGCAAGGUACUUUCCAAACAUGCAUUUUUGCUUGGAAAAACCCUUAGUCUUGGAGUCUGGCUUUAAAGAGAGCAUAGAUAAGUUUCACUUUCAGUUCAGUUUGCAACAGUUAAAAUGCAUGUAUUUGGAAAGUGCUGAGCCUACGACUGGAAAAGUGAGACUUGGAUUAUGCUGCACAAGUUGUGUGGGAGUUUGUGAACGGAUGUUUUGAUAUAGUUUUGCUGUUGUUAGACGGAGGUGCAGAGGCAUACCAGAAAAACAAUGUUUUCUUCACGAAUUCAAGGUUGCAUGGUGUGACUAACUGAUACACAAAUGGUAGUUUUGUGGGUGAAGUAUUCCUUUAAGACACAACUUGGAAUUAUUUACAACAUAGUUUCCUUCUUGUAUUGUAAGCAGCUGUAAUGGGUGCAGCUUUUUGGGCGCUGGAUGAAGAGAAAGGUAAAGAAACAGGUAGAAGACAGGAAGCUGGAGAGCUGGGUGGGGCCAAUACUGCUGAGUGAGACUGAUCUCUGUUCAUUCUCUUGGCUGGCAGUCAGUACGUGUGCCCACUAUAGGAUCAUGGUCAGGAUGGCAGCAUGGGCAGAGCUGGGCAGCGUUUGCCAGUGUGCCAGGGACAGAGGGGCAAGCCUAUUGAGAAGCAGUGUGAUGGACACAAUGGGUGCGACAGACUUGCUGCAUCAACAGGCUUUUUGCUGCUGUGGCCAGAAAUAAACCAUAAAUACCCCCACUGGCCUCCACCGACCGCUCGCCAGGCCUCCACACCCACACACACCCUCACACUGAGACAGACAGAAAAGAGAGAAAAGAAAGGAAAGACGGAGAGCGUGGCUUGUACGUGGUGCAGUGAAGCACAGGCCAUCCAGGUAAAAACAAUAUGGAGAUCAUCCCUCUCUCCGACAGGCCUUUCUCUUUUCCUCUCUCCCUGUCCCCUCUUCUGUCUGCAGCCAAAUGCUUGCUUCUUAAGUAGCAUUUCGUGUGUGCAAUAUUAAUGUGUUAGUCUUACAUAAACAACUGACACGACUAGGGUUUGAGUGAAAUAAACAAGUAAAGGUGUGAAAAUGUCUUGCAGGUAGAUUUGUGAAUAUUAUAACCAAGCAGCUCUGAUAAAAACAGUUUGAAGUCUUACCUGUGACCAUGUUUCAAGGUUUAAUGUUUCUGUUUAUGCAGCAAACACUAUUUUCAUCUAGAAAAUCUAUGCAACGUCUGGAUUUACAGCAUUAAACAAUGUAAUUGCUGUGCUUUGUAGAGGCAAAAUGACAGACCAGCAGGGAACCCCAGACCAGCUGCCUGCAGAGAAGGGCCAAGGAGGGGCUGGAGCCACAUAUAAGUUGGCCGUUUUUGAGUUUGAGAACUUCCGUGGAAAGAAGGUGGAGUUGUCUGGUGAAUGUAAAGAUGUGUUUGAGAAUAUGGAAAGAAUUGGCUCGGUCAUUGUGGAGUCGGGACCAUGGGUGGGGUUUGAGCGUCCAGGUUUUGCAGGUGAGCAGUUUGUGCUGGAGAAAGGACAGUAUCCUCGCUGGAGCACCUGGACCAACUGCCUGAGUAGCUACAACCUGAGCUCAUUCAGGCCUCUGAAAGUGGACAGUGCAGAUCACAAGCUGCACCUGUUUGAGAAUGCAGGCUUUGAAGGUAGAAAGAUGGAGAUUGUUGAUGAUGAUGUCCCCAGUCUGUGGGCUCAUGGUUUCCAGGACCGUGUGGCCAGUGCUAAGGCUAUCAGUGGAACGUGGGUGGCAUACAUGUUUCCAGGCUACAGAGGGCGCCAGUAUGUGUUUGAGCAGGGAGAUUUCAAGCACUGGAACGAUUGGGGAGCCACUGCACCUCAGAUCCAGUCCGUCCGACGUGUGCGGGACAUGCAGUGGCACAAGAGAGGGUGCUAUAUUGCCCCUGCCCCUACACCUCCCACCCCCGACCCCAUCCCCACCCCAAAUCCCCCUCCCAACCCCAAUCCGACCCCAACUCCCAAUCCUAACCCUGCUCCUACCCCCAAAUCCCAGACUCAACCCCAACCUUAACACCAGCACCUCCUACACCAGCUGGGGCAGGCUACAGGCAGCUGCCCAGUCCCCAGUCUCUCCACUACACCCCCUGUUAGUCUAGAAUAUCUGACCAUGCAAUUUUGGA